GCUAGCUGCUGAAACAACUUAGUAUCUCUCUUUUGGUUGAAUAGAAUUGUCAUUCAUCCCAAAAAAGCAAUAAUGGUUCCGAUAUUUCUCUCUUUUCUUUUGAUUAUUGGAUUUUCUGCUGCAAUUGCCCAACAAAGAAAUUCAAGCAUUCUUAGUCUGGGCUCUUCCCUCUCUCCGAACACCAAUCCAUAUUGGUUAUCACGUUCUGGUCAGUUUGCUUUUGGCUUCUACCAGAAAGAUGAUGGCUUUGCCAUAGGCAUCUGGUUGGAAAAAAUUCAGCAAAAAACAGUCGUAUGGACAGCUAACCGGGACAACCCGCCGCUUUCAAGAAAUGUCACUUUGCGUCUGACAAAUGAUGGCAGAUUUGUCUUUGAACUAGAACAAGGCCAACAGACAGUUCUAAAUGAUGCUCUGAAGCCCGCUAACUCAGCUUCCAUGCUCGAUACUGGAAACUUUGUCCUCUACAAUUCAGACUCAACCAUCGUAUGGCAGACUUUUGAUUCUCCAACAGACACUAUUUUACCUGGUCAACCUCUCUUCAAGGGGAACGAGCUUGUCUCCAGCAUCUCUGAGACAAAUCAUGCAAGUGGAAACUUUCGACUGACAAUGCAGGAGGAUGGGAACCUGGUGCAAUACCCAUCAUUCAUUCCACGUAAAUCAGAGUAUGCUUACUGGGCUUCAAAUACACGCGGAGCUGGAGAGUCUCUAUCUCUUGAUGGUAAUGGUCAGCUUUUCAUACUUAAUUCAACCGGCUUCAAUAUCAAGAAUUUAAACGCCCAAAGAAACCAGUCUUACAAUUUUCCUUUAUAUCGUUUAACAUUGGAUUUUGACGGAAUAUUGCGGUUAUAUUCUCAUGGCUUGAAUCAAGAUGAUGAUGAUUGGUCAAUUGAAUGGUCAGCUUCGAGCAGUAGAUGUGAUCCUAUCGGUCUCUGUGGCCUAAAUGCUUAUUGUACUGUACAGGAACAAAAAGCUGUAUGUACAUGCCCUCCAGGUUUUGAUUUCUUAGACCGAGGACAACAUAAUUUGGGCUGCACGAGAAGUUCCCGCACAGAUGGUUGCACGAGCAAGAAUGGAGAAACAGUUUAUAUUCUUCAGGAAUUGGAAAGUGUUGAAUGGGAAGACAACCCCUAUUCUACUUUGUCAUUGACCAAAACUAAUUGCAGAGAGAAUUGCUUGAAAGACUGCGAAUGUGUAGCCGCGCUAUUCAAAGAUGAGGAGUGCAGAAAACAGAAGUUUCCGCUAAGAUUCGGGAGAGAACAACGAGGUAAUUCUGGUACUACCAUAAUUAAGGUGAUAUUUGGGAGUUCCGAAGCAACCCAGGUAAGCAGGGGAAGAAUGAAACAACUGGGGAUGGGCGUCUUAAUUGGCAGUUCUCCACUUUUAAUUGUGAUAGCUCUUUCUGCAUUUCUGAUCUUGCGAUACCGUCGUUGGUCGUACAAAAAUGUUAUGUCCGAAGUUAAUGAAGGAUUUAUUGAGGAUGUCUCUCUACGAGCAUUUACUUACAGUCAACUCGAAGUUGCAACGAAUGGCUUUGUCGAACAACUGGGAAGGGGCUCUUUUGGGACAGUUUUCAAGGGCGUUUUGUCAAAUGGGCAGAGGAAAAUUGCUGUCAAAAGACUUGAAAAAGUUGUGGCUGAAGGAGACGUAGAAUUCAGGAACGAGAUGAGGUCCAUUGGAAGAACCCACCAUAGAAACCUAGUCCAACUACUAGGUUACUGCCAUGAUGAUUCGAAUAGGCUUUUGGUUUACGAGUAUAUGAGCAAUGGAACACUUUCUAACUACAUUUUCAAAUCCCAAAUAAAGCCAAACUGGGAAGAAAGAAUUAAAAUCUCUUUGAAUAUUGCUAGAGGGAUCCACUACUUACACGAAGAAUGCGAAACUCACAUCAUCCAUUGUGACCUCAAUCCCAACAACAUAUUAAUGGAUGAGCAUGGGUGUGCAAAAAUUGCAGAUUUUGGAUUGGCAAAGCUAUUGAUGCCAGACCAUUCCAGGACUAUAACUGGGAUAAGAGGAACAAGAGGGUAUGUUGCCCCUGAGUGGCACAAGAACUUGCCCAUCACAGUAAAAGCAGAUGUGUAUAGUUUUGGAGUUGUGUUCUUGGUCAUUAUAUGCUGUCGCAAGAGCAUUGACAUCAAUGCUCCUGAAGAAGAGGCAAUUCUUGUCAAUUGGAUCUAUGAUUGUUUCAAGACCAAUAAAAUAAGCAAGCUGGUACCUGAAGAAGUUGAUCAGCAAAGCUUGGAGAGGAUGAUCAAAAUUGGAUUGUGGUGCAUAGAAGAAGACCCAGCAGCUCGCCCUCCAAUUAAGAGGGUGGUUCAGAUGUUGGAAGGUACUGUAGAGAUACCUGAACCUUCAUGCGCUUGAUCUUCAUUUGAGCAUUAGUUCUUCAUUACUCAAGAGAGUGAAGUAUUUCUUUUUUCCCCCAUA